AUGUUGCGCCAGUUGUGUACCUCAGUCUUGUUUCUGUUGCUUCCUGUUGUCUUCGCGUUCCAACCUGGCACUCCGACCGCAUUUGUGCUGGUUGGUGACAGCACCACUGCCAAUGGAACCACAGUAAAUUCUGGUGGGUGGGGAAACGGGUUUUGUGGCUCCUCCUACAACAACACGCCAUCUUCUCUUGCACCGGACACACCGUGCAUCAACACGGCAAAAAAUGGGGCUACGACUGGGUCUUUUGUCGCAGAUGGUAGCUGGAACAUCUCUGGUUCUUGGUUUCAUCACAUCCAUGAGUUCACCCCGAAUUUACCGUUGCUAGUUGCGAAUAUCCAGGAGCAAGUGGCUGCUGGAAGAAGAACAUUGGUGACGAUCCAGUUUGGACAUAACGACAUGAAAAUCGCACCCCCAGAGUCGAUGGGUGCCAAUCUCACCGUCAUGGUUAACCAGAUUCGCACUCUUGGCGCUGAACCCGUCCUCGUCACAAGCCUUACUCGCCGCACUUUCUUUGCCAAUGGAACUAUACAGGACCUCUUGGGGCCAUGGGCCGACGAGACGAUUCUCAUUUCACAGCAACUUGGGACACACCUGAUUGACCUUCAUUCGACCUCUAUCACCUACUGCACCAAACUAGGUCCUGACGCUUCCCAUCGCCUGAAUCGAACACCAGAUGACAACACACAUUUGAACACGAACGGAACCAUUGUUUUUGGACGAAUGGUCGCUGAUCUUUUGAAUGCGAGUUUUCCCAACGAGUUGCCUAUCAUCCCAAACCCGGGUCUGACUUACAACGAAACCAACGGCAUACCAAGCUACUGA